CAACGUCCAGCAGUAGUUUUAAACAUUAUAAUUUUUUUUUUUUUUUAAUAAGUGUGCAUUUCAAAUCUGACGGAACUGAUGCCCAAAUCGAUAUUCCCUUCUGCAUCGCAAACCUCAAUUCCUCUGCGUCGAUUCAGUUCUCCACCUUCGAUUCCAGGGAGGUUUUGUAUUGGAGAAUGUUCCAAAAUCGAAAGGGUUAGGGUUUUGUUAAUAGUUAGAAAAACAAGGAGGCACUAGAGAUGAUGAAUUCAUGUCCUACUAUCUUUGUAAUUCUCAUGUUUUUAGUCAUCUUGAGCUCUGGGGGUGUUCAUGUGCUAUCUGUUCGUACACUUUCGACUGAUCCUUGCAACCCCAAAGCCCAACAGGACCCACAAAAUCUCAUUUCUGACCAGCUAACCGUACUCAUCAAUGGCUACUCCGAGUCUCGCAUCCCUCUCCUUCAAUCCAUCGUCUCCACGUAUGCAGCCUCGUCUUUGGUUUCAUACAUUCUUGUGCUUUGGGGAAACCCUUCCACCCCAUCCCAGACCUUGUCCCAACUGGCUCGCAAUCUCACAGACUCCUCCUUUGGAUUCAGUGGCAUCUCUGUAAUCCGCCAAGCAUCUGACAGCCUCAAUAAUCGGUUCCUCCCCAGGCCCAAAAUUAAGACCCGAGCAGUCUUGGUCUGUGAUGAUGAUGUUGAAGUUGACCCGAAAUCCUUCGAAUUUGCAUUUAAAAUGUGGGGAUCAAACCCGGAUCGGCUGGUAGGGUUCUUUGUCAGGUCACACGAUAUAGAUUUGUCAAGGAAAGAGUGGAUCUACACCGUUCAUCCAGACAAGUACUCUAUCAUGCUCACCAAGUUUAUGCUUUUUAAAAGCAAGUAUUUGUUUCGGUACAGCUGUGCAGGAGGACCGGUGAUGGCCAGCAUGAGGAAGAUCGUGGAUAGGAUGCAAAACUGCGAGGACAUAUUGAUGAAUUUUGUGGUAGCGGAUGAGGUUAAUGCAGGGCCUAUAUUGGUCGGAGCCGAGAGGGUUAGGGAUUGGGGGGAUGCGCGCAAUGAUCAUGAUGAUGGUGAUGCACGACGAGGAUUGAUUGGGGAGGUUGCACAGGUGGGUUUGAGUAGUAGGAAAACGAAGCAUAGGAAGAGGAGAGGGGAGUGUAUAGGUGAGUUUCAUAGGGUGUUGGGGAGAAUGCCUUUGAGGUUCAGUUAUGGGAAGGUUGUCAACUCCGUUGGCGAACAAGGUCUGUGUCAAAAAGGAGGGAAAUUGGUGUUUUGUGAUCAAUCAUAGUUGUUUUUCUGGAAGAACAGAAAUUUUCAAAUAUUAGAAGGAUUGAAAUCUCAUAGUCUUAAGUUUUAUGGUGUAGCACCCUGGAGAAAAAAAUGCUGCCGUAGCACUCCUUCAGUCUUGCAGUUUACAAUGCUAACAAGGUCAGGUUGUGUUUGUCGAGGAAGUUCCUCUGCUUAUUGCACUGUUGAUGGAUGACAAGGCAGGCAUUAUCGACAAUGCCUUGGAAGUGCUUGCUCGAAGAGUUGAGGAGAUUGGAAAGAGCAGUGUUUUAGUGCCUAUUCUUUUUCGUCUUUUCUCGAAGAGGGCAGGAAAAUUCGAUCACUCAACCGGUGCUGCUUUCAAUGUCAGAAUCAGAUUGUUUGACACUACAAGACUGUUCUUUUUUUUUUGUUUGAUUCAGCACAAAAAUGAAAGUGGGGUUGAUUUAUUAGAAAUCAAUUCCAUAAAUGAAAGUUGAUCUUCCUUUUCGUAUGCGGUGGGCUUGGGCCUGGAAGAGUAAGGCUACUUUUGCAACUUCGUGGCUGUUUGAUCCAAUUGAAUGGGUUGGGCUGCCUCUUAAAAAAGGAUCAUCCUAGCCAUGUAUAUGCCAAUUGUUUCACCGAUUUACAUGACAUAAGUAACCAACUAGCUCUUUUGUCUAA